GCGGGAGGCGGAGUCGGCGCUGGCCCCGCCCCCGGUGCCCGCCCCCGCCCUGCGACGCGCAGCCUCGGCCGGGUCGCUUUACGGCCGGAGCGGUGGGUGUGGGUCCUAGACUUGAAGUUGGAAGCGGAGCUGAGGGGCGGGGAAAGAGGUGUUUUGCGGCAGGACCGCUGCCUGUCUUGACCUCGCCAUGAGGCCGCAGCAAGCGCCGGUGUCCGGGAAGGUAUUCAUUCAACGAGACUACAGCAGUGGCACACGCUGCCAGUUCCAGACCAAGUUCCCUGCAGAGCUGGAGAACCGGAUUGAUAGGCAGCAAUUUGAAGAAACAGUUCGAACACUAAAUAACCUUUAUGCAGAAGCAGAGAAGCUUGGAGGCCAAUCAUAUCUUGAAGGCUGUUUGGCUUGUUUAACGGCAUAUACCAUCUUCUUAUGCAUGGAAACUCAUUAUGAGAAGGUUCUGAAGAAAGUCUCCAAAUACAUUCAAGAACAGAAUGAGAAGAUAUAUGCUCCCCAGGGGCUCCUCUUAACAGAUCCUAUCGAGAGAGGACUUCGAGUUAUUGAAAUUACCAUUUAUGAAGACAGAGGCAUGAGCAGUGGAAGAUAAACCAUAGAAUUAAAGAUCACACCUCCAGCUGGGACCCUCAUCUAUCCACUGGCCGAUCGCAGAGUGUCCCCUACCUCCUCUCCAGAGCAUCAUUCCUUUGUAUCUGCUGCCAGAGCCACGGUGCCAUUUACUCCAAGGACUAACUUUCUAAAAUUCCACAUCUGGAGUGACCUCUAGUCGCUCAGCAUCCACUUUGUGUCUCCAAAUUGUGUAGAACUCUGUAAUCUUUUGAUUAGUUUCUGAGAAAACACAAUGAAGCAUUUCACUUUUUUUCAUUCAAAGCCAUUAACAAAAUAUGCAGUUGGUCAACCCACCACAAAGUUCAUAUUUUAUCUGCCACCAAUACUAAUGGUUCUCUUUAUUCCUUUGAGCUAGCUUCCAAAUGGCUCUAGACUUCAACAAGUCCUAUCUUAACCAGUGCUGAGUUUUAUUCCCCCAAAUUAAUCAUUAUUUUUCUCCAGGAUUUUGGUGACAGGUAGUGGUUUUACUAAUGCAUUUCCCAGAUUUCAAAGAACUACCAGUUUUGCUAUGACUAAUCAUAAAGACCUAUUUCUGCUAUUCAGUUUCUCAAACUGGAGCGCAAUGGAAAAAUAAUGUAUAAUGUUACUUGUUUUAUUAUAGCAGUUAUUCCUCAUUAAAACAGUAUUUAAUGCAAUUUCCAGUUAUUUUCCUUUGGAGAAUUUUGUUAUUGCAUUACCUUGAAUGUUGGGAAGAUGUGGUCUGUGUUGCUUGUUCAUUACAAAAAUAAGUAAGCACAAUAAAGUGGAUGCUAAACCAUCAAACUCAUAAAUGUCCCUGCUGUGUCCCUGAAUGUGUAAUAAGCAAGUAUACUAAAUAUUUUAAUUAUAGUUUUGUUAUAACUUAUGAGAAAAACAUUUGAUAGGAAUAAUAACUGUAUAUUGCUAAUUUUUAACUGUCCCAACUGGCAAACCUUAUGAUUCAUAGACUCCUCAUAUACAGUAUUCAGUGCACAGAAAUCCUGUAAUUGGUUCAAGUGUACAGUAAGUGGUUUCCAAAUAAAACUGUCGUGUUGAGUCAAUAUUUCUAGUUCUUCUUUUGGCUAUAUGUUCUUAGUAUCAGGGCUUCUUGUGCCCUUCAUUCAUCUUUGGGAUUUGAGAGCACUGUAUUUGGGAGAAAGUGAAGAAAUUUAUUAGGAGAGAAUGAAAAAGUUCAAAGUUUUACUUUCAGAGAUGUUGUAGGUGCUAAUAUUGGAUUUAAUCUUUCAUAUUUAAUUUCCUUUAUGAGUCUGUUAGUUAUUAAAUAAAUCCCAUAGGUCUAUGUAAAAUUUUAAUUGUAUAAAACGCCUUUGUUACUUUAUAGCCUAUAAUAGUGUGUCUGUCUGCCCUUUAAACCCAUUGCAAUAACUUUGCUGAAAUACUAACACAUUAGUAAAAUUUUUCUUAAACAAA